AUGAAUGCUGAUACAGCAAUUGCUGUCGCAAGUGAAAUGGUUGAAGAGCUGGAUCUGACUGAUCAAGAUGUAAAAUUCAUUCCUAUAUUCCGGAAUUGGCACCUGGGGAUCUUUUUAGCGAUCAUGUUCAUACUGAUGGGGAUAUCUCUGAUAAUUUUGUCUCUGAAAGUCAGGGUGAUACUUCUCCCACAACAAAGGGAUCAGCAGCUUGUCCUGGCAGUCUUGUUCUGGAACGGAAUGGGCUCCCCACUUAGACUGGGACUUUCAAUCGUGUCCAACGAGGAGCCUUCAAAAAAGCAGGAUGGUGGUGAGCUUGACAAUAUCAUGAAAAAUCAAGAAUGUCACUCAGCUUAUCAUUCACAUAGUCCUCCUGAUUCACCCUCUGACAAUAGAGCUCAUGUGCUGUUGGAAAACCAAUCACUCAAUGACAUUAAUUUAGGUGAUGAUAAGUUGAUCGCAGAAAGACGCGAGUGCCUCUUACUUGAGCAACAAAGAGAGCUGGAUGAACUUAAGAAGAAGCACAAACAGAUUGCUUCAGAUCUUCUAAAAGAGCUUCCUCUGGAAACUCAUAAAAGAAUUGUAAGCGCCUGUGAUGUAGAGAUCCCUGCCUAUACGUCUCACAGUGGUGAGGAUGUUAGGGGUUGUUCCACAUCGGUUGUGGGAGGGGCGGAAAGCUAG